CUGCAGUCGGAACGGUGGAGACUAUUCGCAAGGCGGCUGUGAACGGCGAUGGGUCGCGAUUUUUGCACUUUCUAAAAAUCUGAAUUUAAGGUUGUGUCUAAGGUCGGGACUUUCACGAAUUUUGUUAAUGCGGUGAAAAAGUGUGACUUUUGACACGGAUUUUGCACCAAAUUUUGAGCAAUUUUGAAUUUCCCGCCGCUGGUGUUGAGAUGUGAACGAUGGGUAAUUCGCUAGGGACCGAUGGUGAGGAAAAUGGCCGCGAAAUCGGGAACAGAGUGUGGUUUUUCUUGCACAGAACGUGGACUUUGGUUGUGACUGAAAAAUGGAAAAGGAAUAGAAGGAGUGAAGUGGUCAGUGAUUUUGAUUCCCAGUGUUCGCAGUAUUCGUUUUGCAGUUGCGAACAGUGUCAAAGGGACGAUGGAUUCAGCAGCGCUUGUGACAGCGAAUUGUUCGGUUCUGGAAGCAGCAUGGCUCCGAAUUCGGAAGAGUCGGCUCGGAUCGGACAGUUUCCCUUCGGCGAAGAGGCCAUCAAUAAGGAGAAACAACGUCCACCUAUCUACAAUCCUGAAGAUUACGUCCUGUCUUUGAAAAAAUGGGGCCGAAAACCAACCAAUGGCAACUCAGUUUCUUUAUACCCAACUCCCAGCAGUUCGGAUUCGGAUUGCAGCAGAUCUCAGAGCAGCUCGUUUCGAGAUUACAGAAAUCCGAUGCUCAUAUCAUCUGGGUCCGAGAUGACCUUGAGGCAAUUUGGGACUGUGGGAGAGCUUUUGGCUAAGCUCAAGUCGGAUUUAAGGCUGGCAUAUCCAAGCUUCGUCCAAGAAUUCGUCGCCGAUCCACUCGACGGAAUCACUCUCCUCGUCGACUUGCUUCGAGCGAUUCAAUUGAGUCAAUCGAGUGGUACCACCACCACGGGCAAAAUCCCUCCUUCCCUCCAACGUCGCGCCCUCCUCGACGAGCUUUCAUGCCUCCAAUGCCUCCUACUGUGCUGUCAAAGAUACAACGAAGCGAUUCGAAAAUUGACAGCUUCAUCAGCUGGACUUUUCACCUUGGCGAUUUGUAUAAUGAGCAAUGUGACAAAAUCGCGGAUUUUGGCACUGCAAUUGUUGACCAAGGCUUGCCAACCUUGCAAUAACGGCCACAGUGCGGUGUCGGAAGCCUUAGCCACGCUCAGGCUUAGGUUUGGGGAGCCGGUCAGGUUUAGGUUUCUGGUGGGGAUGCUCAUGUCGGCAGGGGGGCAAGGGGAGUUGCUGGUAGCCGGGAUGAAAUUUCUGAAUACGUUCCUGGACACGUCCGGGACUAUGCAAAAACGGAUUUACAUCCAAGCUGAGUUGGAACAAGCAGGCUUUGAUAUAGCCACAAUCAAAAAACAAAUUAGUAUCAACUCAGCCUCGACUGAGCAACUUUUCGAAGAGUUGGAUCAUUGGGAGAAGAAGUUUCUCGAUGUUGAGAGUCUCUCAAUUCGACUUGAGAACGCGGAACGUGAAAAUGACUCGUUGCGAGAUAAAGUUUUGUUGUUGGAGAGACGAGUCCAGAUCCUUUUGGAGGAAAAAGGGAUUCUGAUUUCGCUCGAACAGUGUCUCAAGGAACGUUGCAGUGAACUACAAGAAGAAGUCCAUUCGUUGAAGUCCGAAAAGUCGCAAAAGAACUCGUCGUGUGGAAGUUCGAAAAAGAAAGCAGACUCUCCCCAUGAAGAUGAGGGUAUUUCUUCAUCGGAGAGAAGCCUCACCCCUGACGAAGUCCUCCAACGCGAAUCUUCCGUCUACGAAUUGUACAACGUCCAAAACCCCAUAAUGAAGAAACCGUCAAAAAUCGAAGAAGAAGACGAAACGACCAUCGACGAAGUCAUCGAAGAACUACGAAACAUAAUCAACGACGCGGAAACCGAGACAUACCGAACGGAAGAAAAGAAGAAACUCGAAAGAAAGAAGAUCGAAGAAGCACAAGUAGCCAGUAAAAUCCAAAUGACGGUGGCCAUCGACGACUUUAGCAAAGAACUUGAAAUUGUCCCUUCGAAUCUCCACCCCCAGCCUCCUAGACGCACUAAAAGCCUCGUCCACCUCUUCAUCCCGGCUGAAGAUUACGAUUAUGGAAACAAGGAGUUGUUCUUCGAAAACGAAACUCCUUACACGAGUGAAGAAGGCUCCGAUUCCCUCCUGAGUGCCUCCAAAUACCAACUUCCACGAGUCGAGAAGGGCCGAAAGCCGGUUCACCGGUCCGAAUCCUUCCGACAAGCCAAACAACCCCAAAAACCGGUCUCGAAACAAAACAGCUUCGAUGGGGGCUACUUCAGUGUGGGCGUAGUGACCGAAGACUCGAAGAAAGUCAAAUCGAAGAGUCUGGACCGAAUCGAUGACGGUUUAGAGACUUUAGUCGACAUCGUGGUCACAGACCAUGAAAUCCCCAAACCUGAAUCUCUCCUCAACCAUCAGAAAAAGUUCACCGAUGAGAAAAUGAAGAUGUUUCUGCCCAAGAGUAACAAUGACGUGCUUUACUACUUCCCGAGGAUACAAGAACGGAAAAAUAACACGUUUCUGGCACGGGGGCACAACGCAGGGCUGUAUUCGGGACAAGUCAUACGACAAAACUCCAGUGUUAAGAAACCGGAAUUUGUCUCGGGGAAUAACAGGGGGAAAGUGACGGAUCUACCGUCGGGACUUUACUGAUUUAGUGUAAAUAAUUAUUUAUCUGUGCAAUAUUAGAGUACACGAGGUUGGGGUUUGAGGGGUGCACUUGGACCGUUCUUGACGAGAACGGGCCCGAAGUGAAUGGAAUGUACAAAGAGGGGUAGAUUAUGAUCUCGAGUGUCUACAUUUUAAUAAAAUGGUUCCCAAA